UGUCAGUCAAUGCCAAACAGCCAAACCGGACAAAGAUCGGAGAUAUCAAGAAAAAAAAUAUUUUUCUUUUCGGAAAGCCAGUGCAAUUCUGUAAAUAUUAUUAUAUUAAUUUUGCGGGGAAUGCUCAAAGUACUAUUUGUGAUAUUCUUUGGUGCGAUGUAUGAACUUAGUCAUGUUAAUGAGUGAUUACUGCAGUGGAGUCAGCGGCGCGAAAUCGUUCAAUAUGGCCGCCGGAACUGGAACCGUUUCUCAGAUUUGUUUACUGCGGGUCCGGCUGUGUUAUUUUUGAUAGUAGGCAAAGAGUGCUAGUGUAUCAUAAGUGAAUUAGCUAUUUUUUUUAGAGCAGAUUCGAUUAUUUAAAUGAUCUCCUGUAAUAUAUUCGAUUUUAAGAAGUGCAUUGAAUUAAAAUAAGUGCAUUAGUGAUAAUUUUCUUUUCUAUUUAUAUGGGCCGGUCGAGUCCCUGUGUGUGUUUAGUGAAUACAAGUAUUUGUUUGUGAGUGCUUGCCGUCCCUCGCAAUGUCUCAGCAUGAGCGGUCGGAGCCGCGAUGAGCGCGCCACGGCCGCGCCUGCAGCUGUCGCCGCUGCCGUGCCGCCACUCAUGGGGGUGGAGCGCGUGGUGGGCGUGUUGCCGGCCGGCGGGGGCGGCGGCGGCGGCGCGGAGGCGCUCAACGGCGCCGCCGCGCCGCCGGAGCGCGCGCCCGACGAGCCGCCGCGCAAGCGCACCAAGCUCGAUGAAGCGCCCUCGUUGCGCAAGCGCGUGCUCGAGUACAAGCUGCUGCGGCUCAAGACGCUGCGUGACCGGUACACGGAGCAGCUCAGCGAGCUGUACUUCCUGCAGGCCGGCGGCAACAUGAUGGACUACGCGGCGUGGCGCAAGCGGCCGCCCGCGCCGCAGCUCGCGGCCUUCCUGGAGGCGCGCCGCCCGCCGCCCGUGCCGCCGCCCGAGCCGCCCGCGCCCGACCCGCCGCCGCCCACCGAGAUGGUGGAGAAGGCCCGACAGGAAGCGUACGUUGCCGCGCGCGUGGCCGAGCUGGCCCGCGCCGGGCUGUGGGCGGAGCGGCGGCUGCCACGCGUGUGCGAGCCGCCGCGGCCCAAGACGCACUGGGACUACCUGCUCGAGGAGAUGGCCUGGCUCGCGCAGGACUUCGCGCACGAGCGCAAGUGGAAGAAACAGGCCGCCAAAAAGUGUGCCCGAGCCGUACAGAAAUAUUUCCAAGACAAGGCGGCCGCGGCGCAGAAGGCGGAGAAGGCGCAGGAGCUGCAGCUCAAGAGGAUCGCCGCCUUCGCGGCCAAGGAGAUCAGGACCUUCUGGCUCAAUGUGGAAAAGUUGGUAGAGUGGAAGCGGUCGCGGCGCGUGGAGCGCGCGCGCAAGGAGGCGCUGGACGAGCAGCUGUCCAUCAUCGUGGACCGCACGGAGCAGUACUCCAGGCAGCUGGCCGCCAGCCUGCAGCCGCAGCCUGACACGCCGCCCUCCGACGACGAGUUCACACCCCGGGGACCGGACUCCGACGACGAGGAGACCAUCGCGCAGGCCGAACAGGAGGCGCAGCAUGACGCGUCGCACCACCGCGACGAGAUCGAGGCGCUGCGGCGCGAGUCGAGGCUCGCGCUGCCCGACCUGCUCCCCCCCGGCUACACCCCCGCCGCGCCCUCCCCCCCGCCCUCCCCCGGCUCCUCCGACUACAGCGGCGACGCCGACUCCGCCGACGACGAGGACACCAUCGCCGAGCAGGAGCGCCGCGAGCGCACCGACCAUAAGCAGGAGAUCGACGAGCUACAGGAGGAGGCCGAUCUCGACAUAGAGGAGCUGAGGCGGCGGUACGCGGCCGCGCCGCCGCCGCCGCCGCCCGAGCACGUGGAGAGCGAGCGCGAGGAGAGCGAGAGCGAGCACUCGGACGAGAGCGACGCCUCCUCGUCGGCGUCGUCGUCGGCGAGCGGCGGGUCCGAGAAGCUGGCCACGCUGGUGGACGACCCGGGCGCGGGCUCGGAGCGGCGCGUGGAGGCGGCCGCCUCGCUCGCCGCCACGCUGCAGCCCACCGGCACCACGCUGCAGUCCACGGCCGUGGCCACGCCCGUGCCGCGCCUGCUGAAGCACCCGCUGCGCGAGUACCAGCACGUGGGGCUGCACUGGCUGGCCACCAUGCACGCGCGCGCGCUCAACGGCAUCCUGGCGGACGAGAUGGGGCUGGGCAAGACCAUCCAGACCAUCGCGCUGCUCGCGCACCUCGCGCUGGAGCGCCAGGACUGGGGCCCGCACCUCGUCGUGGCGCCCACCUCCGUCGUGCUCAACUGGGAGAUGGAGUUCAAGAAGUGGUGUCCCGCCUUCAAGAUCCUCACCUACUAUGGGACCAUCAAGGAGCGCAAGCUGAAGCGCGUGGGGUGGACGAAGCCGAACUCGUUCCACGUGUGCAUCACCUCCUACAAGCUGGUCGUGCAGGACCACCAGUCCUUCCGCCGCAAGCGCUGGCGGUACCUGGUGCUCGACGAGGCGCAGAACAUCAAGAACUUCAAGAGCCAGCGCUGGCAGAUGCUGCUCAACUUCCAGACGGACAGACGGCUGCUGCUGACGGGCACGCCGCUGCAGAACAGCUUGCUGGAGCUGUGGUCGCUGAUGCACUUCCUCAUGCCCGACGUGUUCGCGUCGCACUCCGAGUUCCGCGAGUGGUUCGCGCCGGUGGCCGCGCUCGCGGGCGAGGGCGGCGCCGGCGCCGGCACCGCGGGCUUAGUACGGCGGCUGCACGAGGUGUUGCGGCCUUUCCUGCUGCGGCGGCUGAAGGCGGACGUGGAGCGGCAGAUGCCGCGCAAGUACGAGCACGUGCUGCUGUGCCGCCUCGCCAAGCGGCAGCGCUGCCUCUACGACGACUUCAUGGCGAGGGCCAAGACGAAAGAGAGCCUGGCAUCCGGCAACCUGCUGAGCGUGAUCAACGUUCUCAUGCAGCUGCGGAAAGUGUGCAACCACCCCGACCUGUUCGAGCCGCGCGCCGUCGCCUCGCCCUUCCACAUGGACGCGCUGCGGAUACACGUGCCCGCCGUCGUACUACUGGAGGAGGUGGGUAUUCUGUACAACACCCCGACCUGUUCGAGCCGCGCGCCGUCGCCUCGCCCUUCCACAUGGACGCGCUGCGGAUACACGUGCCCGCCGUCGUACUGCUGGAGGAGGUGGGUAUUCUGUACAACACCCCGACCUGUUCGAGCCGCGCGCCGUCGCCUCGCCCUUCCACAUGGACGCGCUGCGGAUACACGUGCCCGCCGUCGUACUACUGGAGGAGGUGGGUAUUCUGUACAACACCCCGACCUGUUCGAGCCGCGCGCCGUCGCCUCGCCCUUCCACAUGGACGCGCUGCGGAUACACGUGCCCGCCGUCGUACUACUGGAGGAGGUGGGUAUUCUGUACAACACCCCGACCUGUUCGAGCCGCGCGCCGUCGCCUCGCCCUUCCACAUGGACGCGCUGCGGAUACACGUGCCCGCCGUCGUACUGCUGGAGGAGGUGGGUAUUCUGUACAACACCCCGACCUGUUCGAGCCGCGCGCCGUCGCCUCGCCCUUCCACAUGGACGCGCUGCGGAUACACGUGCCCGCCGUCGUACUGCUGGAGGAGGUGGGUAUUCUGUACAACACCCCGACCUGUUCGAGCCGCGCGCCAUCGCCUCGCCCUUCCACAUGGACGCGCUGCGGAUACACGUGCCCGCCGUCGUACUACUGGAGGAGGUUCGGGAGCGGAUAGCGUGCGCGGCGCGUCUCGGCGGCGACCUCGCGACCCUCGAGGCGAGCGAGGCGGGCGCCUUCGCGGCGCACCGAGCACGCCACCUGGCGCCGCCGCGCCGCAUGGUGGAGGAGCUGUGCGCCGCGCCGCCGCCCGCCGCGCCGCGCCCGCCCGAGGCCAAGCUGCGGAUACACCUGCGGCUCGUGCCGCGCGCGCUGCCGCCCGCCGCGCUGGGUGCCGCCACGGCGCCCCCGCUGCGCGUGCGGACGGCGCGGCGCGGGCGGGGCGCGGCCGCGGCGCGCGCGCCGGCGCCCCCGGGGGCGGGGGCGGGCGCGGCGGCGCGGCUGGAGGCGCGGCGCCUGGCGUGCCUGCGGCGCCUGGCCGCGGCCAACGAGCGCCGCUGCUGGCGCCUGCCGCUGCUGGGCGCCGACCUGCGCCGCGCCGUGCGCGCGCCGCCGUCGCCGCCGCCCGAGCGCCUGCGCCCGCCCCGUCUGGCCGAGCUGCUCGAGCGGAUGCACGACCUCGUCGACAGGUUCAGCGUGUGCUGGCGCUCGUGCGUGGCGACGACGCCGACGCUGGAGGCGGGCGCGGGCCGCGGCGCUCGCGACUGGCGGCGCGCGGCGCGGGCGGCCGAGCGCGCCGCCGCGGCGCCGGCCAGGGCGGCGCUGGCGCUGCUGCACGCCGCCGCCAGCCGGCAGACCGUCGCGUUCCCGCACCCGCGCCUGCUGCAGUUCGACUGCGGCAAGCUGCAGGCGCUCGCCCCGCUGCUGCGCCGCCUCAAGGCCGGCGGGCACCGCGUGCUCAUCUUCACGCAGAUGACGCGCGUGCUCGACGUGCUCGAGGCGUUCCUCAGCCUGCACGGGCACGCGUACGCGCGGCUCGACGGCGCCACCAAGGUGGAGCGGCGCCAGGCGCUGGUGGAGCGGUUCAACGCGGACGCGCGCCUGUUCGCCUUCAUCCUGUCCACGCGCUCCGGCGGCGUCGGCCUCAACCUCACCGGCGCCGACUGCGUCAUCUUCUACGACUCCGACUGGAACCCCACCAUGGACGCGCAGGCCCAGGACCGCUGUCACCGCAUCGGGCAGACGCGCGACGUGCACGUGUUCCGGCUGGUGACGCAGGCCACGGUGGAGGAGAACAUCCUGCGCAAGGCCACCGAGAAGCGGCGCCUCGGCGAGCUGGCCAUCGACGACGGCCACUUCACCACCUCCUACCUGCGCGAGGCGAGCAUCAAGGAGCUGUUCGGGUCGGGCGCGGACGUGGCGGCGGGCGGCGACGUGGAGAGCGCGCUGGCGGCCGCCGAGGACGAGCAGGACGCCGCGGCCGCGCGCGCCGCCCGCGCCGAGCAGCAGGGCGAGCUGGCCGAGUUCGACGAGGCCGUGCCGCUGCGCGACGACGACCACCCCGACCACAAGGACGAGCUCGCCACGCUCAUGAGCCAGGUACACACCCCCCGCCCCGCCCCGCCCCGCGCCGAGCAGCAGGGCGAGCUGGCCGAGUUCGACGAGGCCGUGCCGCUGCGCGACGACGACCACCCCGACCACAAGGACGAGCUCGCCACGCUCAUGAGCCAGGUACACACCCCCCGCCCCGCCCCGCCCCGCGCCGAGCAGCAGGGCGAGCUGGCCGAGUUCGACGAGGCCGUGCCGCUGCGCGACGACGACCACCCCGACCACAAGGACGAGCUCGCCACGCUCAUGAGCCAGGUACACACCCCCCGCCCCGCCCCGCCCCGCGCCGAGCAGCAGGGCGAGCUGGCCGAGUUCGACGAGGCCGUGCCGCUGCGCGACGACGACCACCCCGACCACAAGGACGAGCUCGCCACGCUCAUGAGCCAGGUACACACCCCCCGCCCCGCCCCGCCCCGCCCCGCGCCGAGCAGCAGGGCGAGCUGGCCGAGUACACACCCCCCGCCCCGCCCCGCCCCGCCCCGCGCCGAGCAGCAGGGCGAGCUGGCCGAGUUCGACGAGGCCGUGCCGCUGCGCGACGACGACCACCCCGACCACAAGGACGAGCUCGCCACGCUCAUGAGCCAGGUACACACCCCCCGCCCCGCCCCGCCCCGCCCCGCGCCGAGCAGCAGGGCGAGCUGGCCGAGUACACACCCCCCGCCCCGCCCCGCCCCGCGCCGCGCCGAGCAGCAGGGCGAGCUGGCCGAGUUCGACGAGGCCGUGCCGCUGCGCGACGACGACCACCCCGACCACAAGGACGAGCUCGCCACGCUCAUGAGCCAGGUACACACCCCCCGCCCCGCCCCGCCCCGCCCCGCGCCGAGCAGCAGGGCGAGCUGGCCGAGUACACACCCCCCGCCCCGCCCCGCCCCGCCCCGCGCCGAGCAGCAGGGCGAGCUGGCCGAGUUCGACGAGGCCGUGCCGCUGCGCGACGACGACCACCCCGACCACAAGGACGAGCUCGCCACGCUCAUGAGCCAGCAGGGCGAGCUGGCCGAGUUCGACGAGGCCGUGCCGCUGCGCGACGACGACCACCCCGACCACAAGGACGAGCUCGCCACGCUCAUGAGCCAGGUACACACCCCCCGCGCCGAGCAGCAGGGCGAGCUGGCCGAGUUCGACGAGGCCGUGCCGCUCCGCGACGACGACCACCCCGACCACAAGGACGAGCUCGCCACGCUCAUGAGCCAGGUACACACCCCCCGCGCCGAGCAGCAGGGCGAGCUGGCCGAGUUCGACGAGGCCGUGCCGCUCCGCGACGACGACCACCCCGACCACAAGGACGAGCUCGCCACGCUCAUGAGCCAGCUGACGCCGAUCGAGAAAUACGCCAUGCGGUGCGUCGAGAGCAGCGAAGCCGGAUGCGAGGCGGAGCGGGAGGCGCUGAGCGCCGUCCGACGCUCGCUCGGCGACUGGGAGCGCCGCCGCCGCCGCGACGCCGAGCCCGAGCCCGAGCCCGAGCCCGAGCCCGCCGACGCCGAGCCCGAGCUCACCUACUCGCGCCGCGACGCCGACACCAAGGUGCGCCCCCGCCGCCGCGCCGCGCCGCCGCCCUCGCCGCCGCCCUCCCCCCGGCCCGCCCGAGCCGCGGGCGACGACACGAAGGACACUAAGGACACGCUAGACGCGAAAGAGAAGACGGACGCGAAAGAGAGUGCGGCCGCGAAGGCGGGCACUCGCGCCACGCGGUCGCGGGGAGGAGUGCAGAUCGACCUGUGGCGGCUGGACGCGCGCCGCGGCCGCCGGUCCGACCGCGCGGAGCGGCCCGCGCUCCGCAACGGCACGCUGGACGCGUGGCUGGUGUGGCUGAGCGGCGGGCCGGCGCGAGGCGGCGCGCGUGCCGAGCGGAUGCCGAUCUGGUGUCCGCCCUCCCCGCCCGCCAGCGACGGCGACGGCGAGCUGUACCGGCCCCCUUGGGCGCGCGCGCUCUACCGCGCCGGGCCCGCGCCCGAGCACGCGCUGCCCGCGCUGCCCCGCGCGCGCGCCGGGGGAGGGGCGGCCCGCGCCGGCCCGCCCGCGCCGCCCCUCCCCCACGCCCACCCGCGCCCGCCGCGCCCGCCGCGCGCGCCGCCCUCGCUGUUCGAGCGAGGCGCCCGGGUGCGCGUGCGGCCCCGCGCGCCCGCCGACAAGCACAAGGACGCGCCCGCGCCCGACUGGGCGCCCGCCGAGGACGCCGCCCUGCGCCGCGCGCUGCGCCUGCAGCGCCUGCCGCCCGACGCGCCGCCCGCGCGCGCGCCCAACUGGGAGUGGGCCGCCGAGCUCGUCGCCGACGUCGCCCGCGCCUACCGCGCGCCGCGCGCCUGCCGCGACCGCCACGAGCGCCUCGCCGCGCCCGACGACCGCGACCGCGACCGCCCGGACCGCGAGCGCGACCGCCAGGACCGCCACCAGCGCCGCAAGCAGCGCAAGCCGGGCGCGCGCCGCCGCGUCGACGACGACGCGCCGCGCCCGCCGCUCGCGCGCCUCGACGCCAUGCGCGAGGCGGCCGAGCGCCGCCGCGCCGCGCCCAAGCGCCGCCUCGACGACGCGCAGCACCACAACCCCAAGCACGCGCAGCUGCUCGCCGACCACGGCCUCGACUACGACCGCCCGCCGACGCCCAUGGAGGUGGCGUCGCGCCGCGCCGACCGCAUCGCCAAGGAGAAGUCGAAGGCGGCCGGCGCGGGCCCUUGCGGCGCGCCGGCGCCGGCCGCG